AUGUCUCAGUUCGACACUGCUCCUCCCAACACCCACGCUGGUGGAGACGAUGAUGCCCUCCGAGCACGGGGCAACCUCCCCAUGAAUGCAACGAAUAGCGCCGACGAUAGGGUGGAUAUGGAGGCGUAUAGGCAGAAUGUACCGCUGUGGAGACGAUUUUGGCAGCACAGUCUAACACAGAUGAUGCUCAUCAGCAUCCAGGCCUUCUGCGGCCCGGCUAUGGCAGAUGCAAUUGCUGGACUUGGUGGAGGUGGCUUGGCAACUCCACAGACAUCUAACAUUGCUACUGCAAUCCUGUACAGUAUGCUUGCUACCGUUUGUUUCCUUGGUGGGCCCAUUGUCAACAAGCUGGGUGUAAAGUGGGCACUGGUGCUCGGAGCUAUGUCGUUUCCCAUUGAAGGCUCGUCCUACUACUGCAACAGCAAGUUCGGCAAUCAGUGGUACCUUAUUCUUGGCGGCGCCAUCAGUGGUAUCGGAACGGGCUGCUGGUAUGUUGCAGAGGCCGGAGCGAUUAUGUCCCUCGCGCCCUCUGGCGCACGUGGAAAGUACCUGGCAUUGUGGAUCGUGUCUCGCAACCUCGGCCAGCUUGUUGGUGGUGCCAUCAACCUGUCCAAGAACUUCGAAAAGGGCGUCGAGGGUGGUGUCACACCAGACACAUAUGUUGCCUUCUUGAUCAUCGAAUGCCUGGCUCUGCCAUUCGCGUUCAUGAUCUCUCCACUAGAGAAAGUGGUGAGGUCCGACGGAACGCGCAUCCUGGUCUCGGAGGCACUUUCAACGAAGGAAGAAUUGAAGCGUAUUAGUCGUACUAUGACGUCAAAGCUCAUCCUGCUCUCGGCGUUCUGGGCUCUAUGGUCAUUCUUCUACAGUGGUACUUGGUCAACUUACCUCGCCACGUACUUUUCCGUCCGCUCUCGGGCCUUGUCCUCCCUGGUGUCACCGUUCUUCUGCAUUGUCGGCUGCUUCGGUUUGGGAUUUAUCCUCGAUCUGAAGUGUCUCAGCCAGCGACGGAGAGCACAGCUUGGUCUUUUCACGGUCGUCGUUCUCAACUUGGGCGUCUACAUCUGGUCAAUUGUCAUGCAAGUGCGAUUUAAUGCAUCCGACCCUGGAGCGAUCGACUGGGAUGACAGCCUGUAUGCAUCCUCGUUCCUCCCUUACUUUUUCGUCCAGACCACCGGCCCGCUGUCGCAGUCGUACAUGUACUGGCUUCUUUCAUCAUUUGCCACUGAUGCCCAAGCAAAUGUCCGCAACGGUGCUGCAUUCAGAUGUCUCGAAGCUGUUGGCCAGGCAAUCGCUUACGGCAUGAACACUAAGACAAGCACAAGCCCUUUAAUUGGAAUGUGCGUGAGCUUUGCCCUCAUGGCUGUUGCUGUGGGUCCGAUGAUCGUCUUGGUAAACUCGACGCCUGACCGGAUCCCGGCCGAUGUUAUUGCUGAAGAGAUCCAUGGUGUUGAAGUUGAGAAAAAGUCCAACCCACCAGUCAUUGUCUCUGAUGCAAAGGUUUGA